GUGACAUGGUUUGAAUAGGAGCAGCCUUUCGCCAACUGAUAAGCCCGCCCGUUUUCCAUAACUUCGCCGCAAUUUUAGCAUAGUGUACACAGGUGUUUUUAUAAGGGUGUUUGGAAUCUAAUCUGCAAUGGCUGAUCAAGUUGGACUUUUUAUUUGGAUCAACGAUGUUCCUAUUAGUGGAAGUGUUUUGAAGUUGAGUAAUAUUGUAUUUCCCAGAAGCGAUUAUUCGUCAUAUGCUGUUGGACAAAACGUGACAGUGAAAUGUCCAGGCUUUGGGAAACAUGAUGCCGUGAUUGCUAAAAUUGGAGACGCAAGUGAGAAGAAAGAAUUUGAGAUGCUUCUAAAGGAGACAAACAUAUUCACAAGACUUCUUGAUGAAUUAAGCAUUCCUCAGGCUAAACAACAACAAAAAAUUGAUGGUGGCGACAGGAGCAAUGAGUCAGUUGAGCAUGCUGAUCCAGAUUCAAAUGUGGCACAAACGAAGACGAAAGUUAUAAAGCCAAAGGCUGUGAAAAGGAAGAUAAUUGUCAAUGAUGAUGAUCAACUGAACAGCACAAAGCAGAAGAAAUUAGAGCAAGUGGCGGAAGACUUAGCGCUAUGUGAUUUAUCACCACCUAGGCUUGAGGACACUGGAUGUUUGUUCAGUACAAGCAUGGCAGUACUCGCUGACACUCCAGUAAAAAAAAAUACUAGUAUGCCCACUUCCUCUCCACGACCAUCACCUCCAGUCACGCCAAGACGAUUUUCCCCACGACACCAAUACCAGUGCUGUAAUCAUCAGCAAGAGUUGUUUAGUUUGAGAGCGUCGGUUACCAGCCUAGAGUAUUGGUGCAAACAGAUGUGGAAUGAUUUAGCUUCUGUUAAAACUGAAUUGGCGAACCUGAAGCAGGCAAACAUUUGCAGUACACCCAGGCAUACUGGUACACAGGAUAGCAGCAAGCCUGUUGGAUCUCCAAACAGCACAAUCAAUGUACUACAGACUACCCCCAUGUCUAGUGCAUCAGCAUCAGCUAGUGCUGCUUCCUCUAUUGGAACAUAUCGAGGUUACACCAAGAGUCAAGUAGUGGCUGAAAUUGCGCUGUGCAAAAAUUACAAGAAGGCCACAGCAAAGGUGUUCCGAAUGCUGUUCAACAAGGAGGAGGUGCAGGGAAGAUCUCUAAGUGGUCAGAGGGGAAACAGUGGCGAUGCAAGACCACAAAUUGAAGACAGGCAAAAACUGUCCUUUUUACAAGAAUGCAUCAUGGAGGGUUUCCCAGCAUGCUCAAAAGACUCUAUCAACAUCGUGUUAAGACACUUGUUGAAGCCAUCAAGAAACAAUUUAAAUGAUAAUUAAUAUGUAUAUUUCUGUGUUUUUUUAUGUCCCUCAGUCUGUACAGGGGACAUAUUGUUUUUGCCCUGUCUGUUUGUUUGUUUGCGUCAAACUUUAACUUUUGCCAUAUUGAAGAUAGGAACUUGAUAUUUGGCAUGCAUGUGUAUCUCGUGGAGCUGCAUAUUUUGAGUGGUGAAAGGUGAAGGUCAUCCCUCAAGGUCAAAUACAUGGGGGACACAGUGUUUCACAAACACAUCCUGUUUAUAUUUUCAUUCAUGUAUACACGAAAAAAUAUUAUAAAUAUAUACAAUAUUUCUU